AACGGCGGCGCCCCGCCGACCCCGACGAAAUCGACGUCCCCGCCGCGCUCGAGCGCGGAGUCGGCGCAGCGCCCUGGGGGGCCGCGCUAUCGGGACAGCGUGCAGGCUGGGCCGACGAGCGACCUGGGGCAUGGGGGACCCGGGACGGCGCUGCCACGGGUGAGCAUGGCGACGCUGGUCGAGCCGAGCUUUGACGAGAAUAUCCUGCGCGCGCUGUGCGAGACCGAUUGCGGCGUUCCGCUUCUUAUGGACAGAAUCAAGCAGAGCAUGGUAUCGUGUAGGGAAGCGGCGGCGUUCUUGAAGCGACGCGCGGGCGUGGAGGACGAGUACGGCAAGUCGAUGCAGAAGCUCGCGCGCCAGGCGGCGAACGAAUACGCGACGAGCGAGGCCAAGGCAGGGUCGUAUGUGAACGCGUGGCAGUCGUCGAUGCGCACCCACGAGGUUAUGGCGGAGAACAGGAUCAAGUUUGCGCUGCGGCUGAACGAGAUGAGCGAGGAGCUCGCGAACCUCGCGAAGGAGGUCGACAAGAACCGGAAGGCGACGAAGGAUUUGGCGACUCGGUACGAGCGUGCUCUGCAGGAAUCAGAGUCGAUCACGGAGAAGGCGAAGUCGCGCUUUGACAUGACCGCCGAAGAGCUCGAGCGGUUGCUUUUGCAGAAGGAGGGCGAAAGUUUGAAGGACAACGCGAUGCAAGGCCGGUCACCGGUAAAUGGGAAGCGGGUACUGGGGAAGGCGGUGGCGAAGGGAGGCAUGUUGCUGAAAGGCAAGAACCCUCAAAAUCUUCAACGACAAGAAGACGAUGUCCGGGCGCGGAUGUCAACCGCGUCGGAUGCAUACAGGAAGGCUGUCACUGAGACACAGACCAUCAGACAGGAAUACUUCAACUUCCAAUUACCCCGGAUCCUACGAGCAUUCAAAGAAUGCGUGGACGAGAUUGAUCUCGGCACGCAGUACCACCUCGCUCGAUACGCAUUCCUCUGCGAGAGUAUUGUACAUAGUGAUGCGACCACCAUCACACCACCCGACGACAACAGUCCAAGUUUGAAGGCGACAAUGGAGUCGAUCGACAACCGCACCGACUUCAAGACCUACAUGCAAGCGUACGUCUACGCACAUGGGGGCACCAAUACUCGCGGACCGCGCCGCACAGGUCCUGCGGACGAGGGCUUUCUGCCACCCAUGCCCGCCGCUCACCACCACCCGGGCACUUCUCCCAGUCCCUCACACGUGCCAUUGUCCGACAAGGGCCGGCCAACAUUCGGCGUCAACCUGUCAGAGCAGAUGUCGCGCGACGACGCCGACGUGCCGCCGAUCCUUGUCAAGUGCUGCGAGGCGAUCGAGAAGUACGGGCUCACGACGCAGGGCGUCUACCGUAUCGGCGGCACGCACAGCAAAGUGCUAAAGUUGAAGGAGCGGCUCGACCGAGACCUCGACUCGGUGAAUCUCGACGCGGAUGAGUGGUCGUCGGACAUCAGCAACGUCACGAGUGUGCUCAAGUUGUGGCUACGCGAGCUCCCUGACCCACUAUUCACCUCGAGUCAGCACGCGGACUUCCUCGAUGCCGCACGGAAUGAGAAUGAGCGUGCCAGGCACAUCCGGCUGCACGAACGCGUGAACGCGCUGCCUGACCCGAACUACUCGACGCUCAAGUACCUCAUGGGCCACCUGCACAAAGUGGUCCAGCACGAGGCACAGAAUGCUAUGUCCGUGCAGAACCUCGCGAUCGUGUUCGGCCCGACACUGUUCGGGCAGGGCCAGCCGGGCCUCAACGGCCAGCUGAACGGCAUGGCGGACGCGUCGCUCCAGAACAAGGCUGUUGAGACCAUUCUGGAGCACUACACCGACAUCUUCGUCGACGAGGCCGAUGAUUAGAACUCGAAGCCUCUCCCCCCGUCGUUUGUGCCGUAGUUUUGUUUCGUCUGUGCAAUAUCGGCUGUGUCUGUCUCUUGCAUCGGUUUACGUGUAUACCCGCAUCCCCCGCAUGUAUCCCUUACAGCCUACCCCCGUAUGUUCUCCCCCGUUCGUCCCUCCGCUUAAGGUUAUUCCCCCACCGUCCCCCUCCCCCCUCUCCUGUCCUCGAUAGUUACCCAACGUCCCCGCCGUUAAUAU